GUCACCGACGUCAUUUCCGCGCUGCACACCCCGGAUGAAGCUGCCAUAGGGGGCAAGUGAGCAGGACCACCGAGACUGGCUGGCUGGAUAUUAAUUUAACGGUGAGGGGGGGUCGGAGCGGAUUGAAGCCCCUGUAGCUGGAUUAAUGUGGACUGGGCAGCGCGGAGCGGCAGCAGGGCGACGACCAGCAGACUGUCCGCGCCGAGCAGAGACACCGGCUGACGGCUGCUGCUAACUGUGUUGAACUGUUAGCGUCUCCACACAGCGGAGUGUGUGCAGCUGCAAGCCUGCACGUCUUCUCAGGGCUGCACUUCAACACACCUGGUGGAUAAAUGAUGUCUGCCGCCAGUAUUGACCCUCAGACAUCGAAAGGACAAGAUGCAAGCAAAGCCUUUCCAGUUUCAGUGCAGAAUGGCUCCCUCCACCAGAAGGACACAGUCCACGAUAACGACUUCGAGCCUUAUCUCACCAGCCAGUCCAAUCAGAAUAACAGCUAUCAAUCCAUGACAGACCCUUACCUGUCCAGCUACUAUGCCCCAUCCAUUGGGUUUCCUUACCCCCUCAGUGAGGCUCCGUGGUCUACAGGAGGCGAUCCACCAAUUCCCUACCUGACACCCUAUGCCCCCCUCAGCAAUGGAGACCAUCACUUCAUGCACGACACAGUAUUUGGGCAGCCGGGGGGGCUCAGCAGCAGCAUUUAUCCACACAGGUUUAACUUUUUCCCAGAGAACCCGGCCUUCUCAGCCUGGGGCACCAGUGGCUCUCAGGGCCAGCAGACUCAAAGCUCAGCUUACGGGGGGAGUUACAGCUACCCGCCCAGCUCUCUAGGAGGCACCUUAGUCCCCGAUGGCCAGACGGGUUUCCAUAGUGACACCCUGAGCAAGGCUCCAGGUAUGAACAGCCUAGAGCAGGGCAUGCUGGGCCUAAAAAUAGGUGGGGAUGUGACAGGAAGUGGCUCGGGUGUGAAGAAUGCAGGCUCUGUGAUCGGUGGCGGCGGCGGUGUAGCUGCAGCCGUUGCCACGGGCAACGGUGGCACACCAAUCGGAAUGCCCCCUCCGAAACCUACAUCGUGGGCCGCUAUUGCUAGUAAACCUGCCAAGCUGCAGCAACAAAAGACCAAGAACAAGCCUGGCACGCCCAUCUUAGCCGGAGGAGCUCUGCCUCCGCCGCCAAUUAAACACAACAUGGACAUCGAUACUUGGGAUAAUAAAGGGGUUGCUACCAAGAUGGCUCCUCCUUUGCCGCCGCACCACCACCACCACCACCAUCACCACCAACAACACCAGCCGCAGCAGCUUCACUCCCACCCUCCCAGCCUCUUACCCCCCCUCCAGCAGUCCCUACAGUCUGCCCAGUCCCUCGUGCAGCAGAUGACCAUGCAGGGUCCUCCGCCUCCUCCUCCGCAGUCUUACCAGAACCACAACUCCGCUCCGACACCUCAGACACGCUGGGUAGCCCCACGCAACCGCAACUUGUGUUACGGCGGUGGGAGCUUGGACAGUAGUGGCUCCUCUAACGGCGGCGGUAUCGGUAACGGAGGUGGAGGUGUCGGUUGCGUGCCUCCGGAGCUGGGAUCAGAGUCCCACCCUGUCCUGGAGAAGCUGCGAGCUGCCCACAGUUACAACCCCAAGGAGUUUGACUGGAACCUGAAAAACGGCCGAGUGUUCAUCAUCAAGAGCUACUCCGAGGACGACAUCCACCGCUCCAUCAAGUACUCCAUCUGGUGCAGCACAGAGCACGGCAACAAACGUUUGGACUCAGCCUACAGAGCCAUGAACUCUAAAGGUCCCGUCUACUUGUUGUUCAGCGUCAACGGCAGCGGCCAUUUCUGCGGCGUGGCGGAGAUGCGCUCACCCGUGGACUACGGCACCAGCGCCGGUGUUUGGGCGCAGGACAAGUGGAAGGGCAAGUUUGACGUGAACUGGUUGUUUGUUAAGGACGUGCCUAAUAGCCAGCUGCGCCACAUCCGCCUGGAGAACAACGACAACAAGCCAGUCACCAACUCUCGCGACACUCAAGAGGUUCCUCUGGAAAAGGCGAAGCAGGUGCUCAAGAUUAUCGCCCAGUACAAACACACCACCUCCAUCUUUGAUGACUUUUCCCACUAUGAGAAGAAGCAGGAGGAGGAGGAGGUGGUGAAAAAGAGCUACGAGCCUGCCUCAAUACCGAGCCGAUCCCGAAUUGAUCAGGAUCGUCAGAAGUAAACAACAGUAAAGACGACUUCUUGAAAGCUCGAUCCGCGGUCCCGCUCGGACGGACGUAAUGAAAUUUAGAUUUAAAAAGAAAACACGAGGACAAAAAAACAAACAAAAACAAAUUGAAAACUAAUAUUUUUUUCUAUUUAAUUUUGUUGACUUUUGGCCCUUGUCAAACUUUUUGAGCCACACCGCUCCUGGUUCCCAGUCUUUCAGAUGCGUGCAGGGAUGAAGCUAGUUCCACCAGUCGAAUCGCUUCAAUGAGAUAUAUUUUCUUGUUUUUUCUGUAUUUUUUAGCCUUAUAAAUCUCUAUUGCUACCCCGGGAACUUGCAUUCUUAACUAAAUAUAAGUAAACAAAAUAUCUGCACGUCUGUUUUGAAAAAUCUCUUGACAACAUGCUGCUGAUAUUCAGUGACUGUUCACUUUGUGGUUUGUGUGUUGGAGAAAUGUUAAGUGCUUGUAUUGGUUAAUCUUAACGAGUGAACAACACAUUCUUGACAAAAAUGUCUGCUAUCUGUGUGUGGCCAGUUGUAUUUUAUAUUAUCAGAAGAAGAAGAAGAAAAAAAAAAGAACUUCUAUAAUGCCCUUUUUUUUUUGUCAUGGCAGGGGUGUCUUAAUCAUGCAAGGUUGUGACAUUAGAAAGCAUAAAUGUUAGAAGCAUAUUUUGAAUAAUGCAUCACCUGGCUUACAGCUGAUUUAACAUUUAAAGUGGAGAAAAUGCGUCUUUUUUCUCUCUCUCUCUCUCUCCAGAGUGGAGCCUUAACGUUUCUUUUCAUCAUAAGUGUAGAUGAUUUUGUGUUUUGUUGUUUUUUUUUCAGUACUGUACCUCAAGUUUUUUUCAGAUAGAGAUUCAGGGAAAAGAUGUCUAGAGAUCAAAAGCUCUUAAAGGUUGUUCCCUCUCUUUCUUAUUUAUUGGAUGAAAAUACAAAUAUACUGUAUGAGUUCAGGUUUUUAUCAACACAAAAUUAUGCUUUCUGUCUAUUUCCCCUGUUGGUCUUACAGUAGCUUUUAUGUCUCUUUGUUCCCGCGCUGUUCCAACAGGGGUCUCUGUUUAUUAAAAUCUGGAGAUAAUGUAGCAUGUACUGCUUUUAAAACUCAAGCCAGGCCUGUCACUUUGUUAACUUUUUUUUGUUUUGUUUGUUUGUUUUGUUUCUUAUACUUUCUUAACAUAAUUAUAAUCUCGACAUUUUCAUUUUCAUCGCUAUAACCUGUCCACAUCAUCCUCAGAAAAAUGUAAGCUUUAAUGUACCGGCAUUUCUAACUUGAGAUUGCCUCAAAAUGUUUAACUGUAGCAUUAUACUUAACUGAUUUAUUGUCAAGUGUAUGGAAAAACCCAGAGACUAGCCUAUAUGGUAUAUGUUUGUGACUUUUUUUAAAAAUUGCUUGCUGUAUUGUGUGUAUGUGUGUGUAUGCAAGCGUGAGAGAAGAGAGAGGGAGUAUGACUGCGGAGCAAAUCAGAGUUAUAUAAACGGUAUUGGAAUAUAGAAAAUUUAUGCAAAAAAAAACAACAAAAAAAAAAGUUUUAAGUCACCCCUGAAUUAAAUAUCCAUUGUAUCAGAGGUCACUAUCACAUUCUUAGAUUUGAUCAUGUUCAUUAUUAAAGAUAUACUUAUCUGUU